GGAACCUGCUGGGGGCUAAAACUCCCAGCGUGUCUCUUUCCCAACCUGUUCCUGGGGCGCUGGGACUCAUCAACCUCCUUAACCUGAGAGAAACUCCACCCCCCACCUCCCUGGGGUCAAACCACUGCUGUCCUCCACUGACAUCCCCCCCUGGGUGUCCUCUCUUGCCCCUUUUCACCCCCCUGCUGAGGCAGCUGAGGCUCAGCAUCGACUACGCCCUGACCGGCAGCUACGACUGCGGCGCCGGCGCCACCACGGGGGUCAUCAAGGAGCAUGAAGAGAGGAUGUUCCAGGAGGCUGUCAUCAAAACCAUCGGGUCCUUCGCCAGCACCCUGCCCACCUACCAGCAGUCUGAGGUGAUGGUCUUCAUCAUGAACAAGGUGCCACUGCCCUCCUUGCAGCAGUCCAUCGAGCCUGGCAGAGCAGGGGAGAACCGCAACCGGCUGACGCAGAUCAUGCUCCUCAAGUCCCUUCUCCAGGUCUCUGUGGGCUUCCAGUGCAGCAACAUGCUCACAGCCCUUCCCAGCGCCUUCCUGGACAGGCUGCUCUCCUCAGCCCUCCUGGAGGAUGCUGAGAUCAGGCUCUUUGUCCUGGAGAUCCUCAUCAGCUUCAUCGACCGCCACGGGAACCGCCAGAAGUUCUCCACCAUCAGCACCAUCAGUGACAUCUCAGUCCUGAAGCUGAAGGUGGACAAGUGCUCACGCCAAGACACCGUCUUCAUGAAGAAGCAUGGGCAGCAGCUCUACCGCCACAUCUACCUGAUAUGCAAGGAGGAGAGCAACGUUCAGGCCCACUAUGAAGCUCUCUACAGCUUGCUGAUGCUCAUCAGCAUCGAACUGGCUAACGAGGAGGUGGUGGUGGACCUCAUCCGCCUGGUGCUGGCCGUGCAGGAGAUUGCCCAGAUCAACGAGGACAACCUGACGGGGUACAACCGCUGUGCCCUGCUGGCUCUGGGGGCAGCCUACCUGAACCUCAUCAGCCAGCUCAUCACCGUGCCCACCUUCUGCCAGCACAUCCACGAGGUCAUCCAGAUGCGAGAGAAGGAGGCUCCUUACCUGCUUCCUGAAGAUGUGUUUCUGGAGAAACCCAAGCUGAGCAAGAGCCUGGACCGCCUGGGCCCAGAGGUCUUCUUCUGGCAGAGCAAGAUCAGUGAGGUGCUGGGUGGCAGUGGGUACAACUCGGAGCGCCUCAGCACACCCUACGUGCCCCAGCUGACAGAUGAAGAUCGCUUGUCCAAGAGGAAGAGCAUUGGUGAGACCAUUUCCCUGCAAGUGGAGGUGGAGUCAAGAAACAGCCCUGAGAGAGAGCAG